CUCGCACCGGAGGAGAGGGCGACGUGGGAGGAGCUGUCUUCUUCCCCCCACCGGUGCCGCCAUUCACCGGGCGGCCUCCGCAGCACCAGUCGCAGUCGGGGACACGUGCAGGCACGUCCGCCCCGGUCUUCUUCUCGCUUUUGCGUGCUUGUGCUCCGGGAUUGCCGACGAUCGGUGCACGGUGCCGUCGCCGGAUUCGCGUGGUGCGUGCCCUUGCGAAGGGGCUCCAGCGAGGCUCGGACCCAUGGCUUCCCACCGAGCCGCCCUCGCGGCCCUGACUCUGCUCCUGCUGCUGCUGCCCGGAGGCAUGGCGGUGUGCUACUUCCCGGUGGAGCUGCACGGCACGUUCCUGAUGCAGACGCAGGCCACGUCGGCCUUCGGCGGCUCCGUCGUGUCCUACUCGGAGAUCACCGUCGAGGUGGACGCCAUCCCGCCCUGGGGACGCUGUCACCGGCGACGGGGACACCACGUCAUCCUUAGGGACAGCACGGGCACGGAGGACUGCAUGCGCUGCUUCCACCUGACCCUGAAGACCCCCAACGUGAUCCAGAUCCACGCCGAAGGGUUGGCCCGCUGCUACACCAACGUGGAGGCGGCCCGAGCCACGUGUCCGGACGAGCGAGCCGUCUCGGAGAGGCGCUUCACCGAGAUCAUCCUGUACAGAAAGCAGUCCCCGGACCAGGCUUCGGGAGGCAGCCCCACGGUCGGCGCGGCGUCGCAGCCGGCGGCCCUGCACGAGAUGUUCUGCCCGAUCAACGGCCGCUACCGCUUCCAGUACCGGGCCAACGGCGAGGAGUUCCGCUGCGCGGAGCCCUUCUCGUCCGAGCUGAGCAACUGCCCCAGGGGCAACGGGCUCACCGUGCGCUUCAGGCAGUGCUCCUUCCCGGACUUCGACGUAAGCUUCGUGUGCCUGGGCGACUGGGAGAACCCCCGGGGAGGGGACCGCUUCCUCGCCCUCAUGGAUCUCCGGCAGGACCCGGAGUCCAGGCCCCGGUACCGAUGCGGGCUGUACCGCGAGGAGCCCGGCACGGGCAGGGUGUACGUGUCCCUGUCGUCGGACUCCACGUGCAGCACCCAGCUGAGCUCGGCCACCAGCGGCUACGAGUCCCUCAUCCUGACGCCUGUGGCGGAGCGCAGCCUGCCGGCCGAGGUGGAGUCCGCCAAGUGCCGCUUCCCGGACUGGAGCCAGGGCCCCUGGGACCGUGUCAGCGUCCAGGGGGGCACAUUCGUCUUCAGGGACACCCAGCGCUUCGUCACACUCACGGCGCGCUGCGUCGCCCGCCAGAGCGGCAGCGGCGACCUGCUCGCCGUCCACGGGGUCACGCAGUGUGGGGAAGAGCUGUACUACUGCCUGCGGCUCCGGCGGCGAUCCCUGAACGUCAUGGAGUUCCAACUCGGUUCCAGUCCGAACGGCCACUUGUCGGACAGCCUGUGCAGUGACGAGCAGUUCGCGGACACCGCCUGGGUCACCCAAGGAAGGGGCCAGGCGUCGACGGCGGGCUGCCCGAUCACGGGCGACUACACGGGCGUCAUCCCAGGCACCACGGGCCUCUGCGCCCGCGUGGCCUCGGACUGCAACAACCCCGACGUGAUGUUCUACUCAGUGAGCAGCUGCGACAACAAGAGCCACGUGUACGAAGGUGAGUCCCUCCCCGAGGCGCCGUCCCCCGGCUGGCUGACGCGCGUCUGUCACGCAGAGCGGGAGUACCGCUGCCUGGGCAGCUGGCAGGAGGACGGAGUGACCUACACCCACACCCAGCGGAGGGACAUCCCGGGCUACCAGUGCUUCGUGAGUGCCCGUUCCCUCUCGCUUUCUUCCUGGUGGCCGGGCCAGUGCCGCUCACCGCCGGCCCUUUCGCAGUCCGGGAAGAUCAUCCGCCGCGGGGAGGAGGCCUACAUCAAGGAGGCCGGAGAGAGCUGCGUCCGCGGAGAGGACCCGCUGCUGUACGGCAUGAAGAUCUCCAAGCAAGCCUCGUGCAACGCCCUGGCCCCAGAGCCGCCCCCGCGGAGCCCCGUGGCGGAGGUCCCUCCGUACCGCAAGGCGAGCAGCCGACCCCCAGGACCUUUGGUGCCCCCGCUGCACCCAAACACGCACGACCCUUACUGGUACCGGGCCGACGCCCCCAGCACCAAGACAUGGAAGGCUGCCACGGGUCGGCCGAGACUCAACGAGAUCCCAGGGAGCAGCAGCGGUGCCGUGGCCAGCGGCUGCAUCGGGCUCUUCUGGCUCCCGGCCGUCCUGGUGACGCUUCGCUGGACCGCUGCCAGCUGAGGACUCCGCGACGUCGCGAGUCCCGCUAGUUCCAAGCUGUGAUAACAGAGGACGCUUCCGCCCUCGGCGGCGACCCAUCCAAGUGGUACAAAAGGUGCUCUUCCCCGAGUGACCGCACGCAGACGCACUGCCGCCCCCACCGACGCCGAAGCCGUCCUCGUCGACGGACCUCCUCGCGACCAGCGGCCAAAUGGCGCCGCCCCUUCUCCGGUGGGACACCCCGCAUCCGUUCGGCGGGCACCUUCUCAGUCCGGGUCGUCCGAGAGGUCGGCGACGUCGCCAAAGAGUCUCGCGUCACCCGCCUAAUCCCCGCAGAAGCACGUCUGCGAACACUUUGUCCUUGUGCCGACUCUUCCGAGUCCGUCGGCUCUUCGGCCAUCCCUCGUUCAUCUCGCGAGAGUGUAAAUAGCUGUACAGCGCUGGCGCUUGCAUUAGCCACGGGCCCCUCCCGCCGGUCUGGAAACCCCGUGCGGCGGGCGGGCCUCGCCGAAGGAGACCCUGGAAACCGCCUUCUUCCGGGGAAUGCCGGAGGCUCUUUUAUUUAUUCCUCGGACGCGUCAUCUCCAGGCAUCCAUAGUCGUCUCGCAAUAAACCCAGCCUCGAUUGUUCGAGGUGCCUCUUCGAAAA